CAGGGGGCGGGCGAGAGCAGGAGUCGGCCGUGCGCGCGGGGCGGGGCGCGGCGACGCCGGCGCCGGCAGGUCCCGUGACAGCGCCCCGCCCCAGCCGCCGGCAUGCAGCGCCCCCCGGUGCUCGUCACUUCCAGGCGAGUGCAGAAUGUCCACACGGGCCUGGACCUGGCCGUGCCGCAGCACCAGGAGGUGCGGGGCAAGAUGAUGUCCGGCCACGUGGAGUACCAGAUCCUGGUGGUCACCCGGCUGGCUGCCUUCAAGUCGGCCAAGCACAGGCCCGAGGAUGUGGUCCAGUUCUUGGUCUCCAAGAAGUACAGCGAGAUCGAGGAGUUCUACCAGAAGCUGAGCGGCCGUUACCCAGCGGCCAGCCUGCCCCCGCUCCCCAGGAAGGUCCUGUUCGUCGGGGAGUCCGACAUCCGGGAAAGGAGAGCCGUGUUCCACGAGAUCCUGCGCUGUGUCUCCCAGAACGCGGAGCUGGCCGCCAGCCCAGAGCUGCUGGAAUUCUUAGGCACCAGCUCCCCGGGGGUGGCAGACCCCAGCAGCAGAGGUGUCUCUGUCCUGGACACAGGCGGCCAGGCCGGGGACGAUGGGGAGGCUUUCGACUUCUUCCAGCAGCAGGAAGGCGCGGAGCGGCCGCCCACCCCCCACCAGGAAGAGGACGCAGGGAAGUCCUCGGAAGAGGAGGAGGCACUGGACCCUCUGGGCAUCAUGCGCUCCAAGAAGCCAAAAAAAUGCCCCAAAGUAGCUGCGAAGCCCAGACCCUCGCCACGGCUCACCCUCUUUGACGAGGAGGUGGACCCCGAUGCAGGGCUCUUCAGCCCAAGCAGGAAGCUCUCCGCCGGGGGCUCCGCGGAGGACGCACGCCCCAGGGACCCCCUGAAGUUGUUUGACGAUCCUGACCUCGGUGGGGCCGUCUCCCUGGGUGACCCCUUACUGCUGCCGGCAGCACCUGCGAGUGGAGGGCCCGCGCCUCGCCUGGGCUACGGAGAGGCCGCCGAGGAGCUGUUCAGAGUUGAAGAGGACUUGGACCAGAUUCUGAACCUGGGGGCGGAGACCAAACCCCAGCCCCCGCCUAAGCCCAAACCACCUGUGGCAGCUAAGCCAGCGCCACCCAGAAAGCCCGCUGCUCCCCCCAGAGCGGGCCCGUCCGAGGCCGCGGCCAGGCCGCCACCGCUGCCGCCACAGAUCCAGGCCAUGGACGAGAUGGACAUCCUGCAGUACAUCCGGGACCAGGACGCGCCCGGCCAGGCCGCCCCCAGCCUCUUCUGACCCUCCCUGCCCUGUGCUGGCCCAGGCCGGCAGCCCCUCCCCUGUGCGGAGGUGGGGACGGUGCCUUGCAGGCCUGGACCUCUUAGAAGUGCCGGGGGGUGGGGAGGGUGGAAGCCGGGGUCACAGGACCCCUGUCCUAUCUGUGCCUUUUUCUCUGGCCGGUGGGGUCACGGGCCCCUGCGGGGUACAGAGCAGGGAUCCCCAGAGGAAUUGAGCCCAGUUGCCUCAGCCCCAGCAUGUGGAGGGGGAGCUGGUGGGGAUCCUGGCUAACGGGAGCCUGGCCCCAGGAUGGACUGGGACGGGGAGCCCAGGGCGGCUCAUGCAGGGCAGGAGACUGUGUCCCCUUGUGCCCACCGGCUCUGCCUCCUCAGCACAGGAUGGAGGGCCAGCCACCCUGGGUGGGGCUGGGGGCAGCAUGGCUCCUGGGCCGGUGGCUCCGGGAGGGUCCCCCAGGAGAGGGAUGUUGAGGGGUGCCUGGGGAAGCCUGGCUGGCUGGGGCGUCCCUGAGUCGCCUCUGGUUCCCAGGUACUGAUCAGGGUGCUUUCCUGUGUCCAGUUUAGAGAGAUCAGGCCAGCCCUCCUGGGGUGUGGGUGCCCAGCAAGCCCAGGUCUUCCUCUCUUCCUUUCCCAGGGGAGACCUGGCCAGACAGACCCUGGCCCCCAGGGCCUCUGGCCAUAGAGCCGGGGCCAGCCCGCAGCUCUGAGCUGCGAUCCCCGCGCCUGCAGGGCUCGGCCGGCCUGGGCCUGGCGUGCGCCUCCUGUGCCGAGUGGGCUUCGGCAGGUGCUGCCCGGCCGCCCUGCCCUCCCGGGGGGAGGAGCCUUGUGCAGGGCAGGGCCAGUGCCUUAGACUCCUCCCGGACCCCUCGCCCCGCACGGCGGCUCAGGAACCCCCCGUGAAUGAAUGUUUAAUGAGCAAAGAAUACCUUUUCGUGAUCGAGUCUUCACGUUCGGACCCAGUUUUCAUGAAACAGGUGUUUUGUGAAAUGCAACCACUCUUGUCCCUUGGCUCGUCCGGCCUGGCGGAGGCUUUGGAAGAGGGGGUGAGACCAGGACCCCAGACCUUUCCUGUUUGGGGCCAGCAGACAACCCUGAGGGAGGACCCCUGUCCGAGCCGGGGGCUGGCUGCCAUCAGAGCCUCCAGUCCCCUGCCCCUGCACCGGGACCCAGGGCCGUGGGAGCUCUCCGUCUGACCUGUUGUGCGUCGCACUCGCCCAUCAGCUGUCCAGUCCUGGACAGGCUGUCCCUACCCUCCACCUGCGCCAGAGGGAGAGGAAAUGGGCAGGGCUGGGGGCUGGGAGCUGGAUUCCCCCUCCUCUUUGCCUUACCCAGCUCCCAGGGCCCCGUCUCCUGGCCCUGAGCGGCUUUGGGGCAGCCUCAGGCCUGUGUGCCACUCCCGUUCACUGCCAGGCCUUCCCACCCUGCCCAGCCCUGCCCACUCCCUUGCUGAAGGCAGGGGGAAUGGCGUGAUGGGGGGGGGGAGGGGGGCAGUUCUGCCUGGGCUCCUACCUGCCCAGUUCUCAACUCUGAACCCCAUACCAGCGCCCUGCCCCUCCCUGUCUGCCCCCCCCCCACACACACCCCUCCCACUGACCCGUGCGGGGCUGGCCCUCUGGGGGUCACAGACAGAACCUGCCGCUCAGGGGUGAGUUCCUCGGCUGCAACCCGGCCUCCUCGGCGCCCUGGUGCUCGCCCGGCAUCUCUGUUGACCUGCGGGUGAGCCAGUGACGCCAGUUCUACAAUAAAGCCUGUCGUGACUCCUUCCA